AUAUAUAAUAAUAAUAACAAUAAUUUAAAAAGGAGGAGAAGACUUGUUUUCUCUGAGUCCCCACGGACACUACAGCCCGGCCCCGACUUGAUGCCUUGAUUGGUAGUGUUUCGCUAGUAUUCAGUACAUCGUCAGUCUCAGAGCUCGCGAGCUCUCUUCUACACCUGCGUAUUAUUUUUUAUUACUAUCAUCAUCCACUGAGUGCGUAAAAACAUUUUUUACUCCAUAUAUUUUUAAAUUUUAAUUAACUACCGCCUAUUAUAAUAGUGUUUAAAUUUUAGUCUCACCUCCAUUUAAAUUUAAAAUGUUUUAAUAAAACAAAAUAUCCCAACAGGUUUAUUGUUAUUUUCUUAAACUACUGACACAAUUUUAUAAAAGGAAGCCGUCGUGUUGAUCGGCUUCUAAGUGCGUCCUGUUUCCUGCAUAGAAACUAGGCGUAGAGAUGACGAAGUUUACAACUGUCUCUUUGCUCCUGUGUGGUUUUGUCGUCGUAACAACAGCGGAACCAUACUACACGGUCGUUGCUCCAAAAGUGGUGCGUCCUAAUUCAGAAUACCACGUCGCCGUGUGCACCACAGGAAUAUCAACGCCGGUAACAAUAGCCGUCGAGUUAGAUGGAGAGUUAGAUAAUAAUGAAAAAUUUAGGGUCUUCCACGAAGACAUCGUUGAGCCAUAUACGACUCGGGUUUUUAAACUUGAGAUUGGCGAUACGAGUCCUGGAAGGUACACAUUAACAGCUCGCGGUACCUCCGGUUUACUCUUCACCAAUACAACCUCACUCCAAUACGUACACAAGAGUUAUUCUGUUUUCAUACAAACAGAUCGAGCGAUCUACAAACCCGGCAGUGAAGUUUUAUUCCGAUGCGUAGUUCUAGAUUCUAGAUUAAGACCAGCUCUUACUCGGCAACUAGAUGUCUAUAUCACGGACGGUAAUGGAAAUAGAAUAAAGCAGUGGAAUCGUCCGCCAAUAAGCCGUGGGAUAUUUAGCGGCGAGUUGAAGUUAUCUGAAUCACCAGUACUCGGUGAUUGGAAGAUAGUAGCAAAUGUUGUUGACCAGACUUUUGAAAAGGAGUUCCAGGUUGCCGAGUACGUGCUACCGAAAUUUGAAGUCUCUAUUAACGCUCCGAAACAUGCGACUUUCAAAGAAGGAAAAAUAGUCGCCACAGUCUCUGCUAAAUAUACAUAUGGCAAACCAGUGAAAGGUGAAGCAACAAUAACAGCCUACCCAGAUAUAUUUUCCGGAGUACUCCAGCCGAUUUUCCAAGCGCCCAUAAGAAAAGUUGUGCCCAUAGACGGCAAAGUUACCGUAGAUUUUGAUAUCGCCAGCGAGUUGAGACUUACUGAUGAAUAUGAAAGACCCAUAGAACUGGAGGUGGCUGUCGAGGACGGGCUGACUGGAAGAAGGCAAAAUGUUUCAAUGCAAAUGACAUUGCACAAGCAUAAGUACACAAUGGAAUUAAUAAAGACAUCGGACUAUUAUAAGCCUGGUUUAAAAUAUACUGCCUUUAUCAAAUUAGCUUAUCAUGAUGGCUCGCCAGUGAGAGACAACAACAAUCCGGUUAAAAUAAGUUACGGUUACACGUACAACCAGUCUGCUUACACGAACAUCACGAGAAUGUUGGACAGCAACGGAAUGGUUCAGCUGGACUUCUAUCCGCCUAAUAAUUCUAGCGAGGAUGCUUCGCCGUUGAAUAUUGAAGCCGAGUAUUUGAAUCUUCAUGAGUGGUUCCCGGCGACAAACCAGGCAAUGUCACCCAGCAAUACUUUCAUUCAAGCGACUGUUAAAACUGACAAGCCGAUGGUAAACCAUGAGGUUGAGAUCGAAGUUAAUUCCACCGCGCCUUUGAAAUAUUUGAGCUUCGAAAUUUUGGGUCGAGGUGACAUACUCAAUGCCGGUUCUGUUUUAGUUUCCGAUAAACAUGUCGCUUCUUUCAGAUUUUUGGCGACUUAUGUCAUGGCACCGACGGCUCAUGUUCUUGUUUAUUACACCCGAGAAGACGGUGAAAUAGUUGCCGAUGCUCUGGAUGUCGAGUUAGAAGGCACUCUGCAGAAUUUCGUUGACAUAAAAAUGUCAACCGAAGAAACACAACCUGGAGAAGCCGUCGAUGUUACGAUUUCAGCGAAACCCAAUUCGUAUAUCGGUGUUUUGGGAGUGGAUCAAAGGUCUUUGUUGUUGAAAUCAGGCAACGAUAUCUCUCGCGAUCAAGUAAAUAAGGAAUUGAAAUCCUAUGAUAUGGUGGAAGAGUCUCCUUACUCAGACAUGGCAUUCGAACGGUCAUUCUGGAGGCCUGGAUCAGCAACCGCUGACGACGUUUUCCACAAAAUUGGAACGGUUGUGCUCACAAACGCUUACAUCCACGAGAAUUAUCCGAUCCGACAGCCGGGAUAUCUGGAAGGUAGAGUACGAGGUUCGGCUCAUGGUGCAUCCACCCUGAGACCAGAUAUUGGUCCCCCAGUCACGCACAGACUAGUGACGCGACCGCCACUGGCUGGUCCUUAUGCAUUUUCACGCAUCCCAACUCCUGUAUGGAAUAAGCCCCGUGUUUUCCUUAUGCAUGACAUCUCGAGCACUUGGCUUUUCACAAACUCUUCCUCAGGGUACAAAGGAGAAGCUGUUAUAAGACGCAAUGUACCUGAUUCAAUAACUUCCUGGGUCCUUACUGCAUUUUCUGUUGACUCAACUUACGGACUGGGUCUCAUUGACGUCCCUCGCAAGCUCAAAGUCUUCAAGCCCUUCUUCAUUUCUCUUGAUUUACCGUACUCGGUUAUGAGAGGAGAAAUCGUUGCGGUACCCAUUGUUGUAUUUAAUUAUAUGGAUAAAGAUGUAACGGCUGAUGUCGUACUUGAGCAUGCUGGACAAUUUGAGUUUGCGGAAGUCUCUAAUGAAGUGCAUGAUACUCCUAAACUUGAACUCUUCCGCAAGAAACGAAUUGACGUGAAAGCUAAUUCUGGAUCUAGCGUAUCAUUCAUGAUAAUACCUAGAGAUUUAGGCUACAUCACCAUAAAGGCCACCGCUAGCAGCAAACUUGCUGGGGACAGUGUCGAGCAUAAAUUGCUUGUCAAGGCAGAAGGAGAGACUCAGUAUAGAAACAAAGCUGUCUUUAUUGAUCUACGCGAAAAAAGAAACAUCCAGACAAAUUUGACUGUUGAUAUCCCAAAGAAUUUCGUUCCCGGGUCAGAGUUUGUUGAAAUUUCAGCUGUCGGAGAUAUUUUGGGGCCUAGUAUUCCUAAUCUAGCAAAUUUAAUUAAAAUGCCUUUUGGAUGCGGGGAACAAAAUAUGUUGAAUCUCGUCCCCAACAUUGUCAUCUUGAAUUAUCUGAAGAAUACAAAUCAACUGACACAAGCAAUUCAAGGCAAGGCGCUGAGAUAUCUAGAGGUUGGUUACCAACAAGAAUUGACGUAUCGUCACAAAGAUGGAUCAUUUAGUGCUUUCGGAGAGUCCGAUACCAGCGGAAGUACCUGGCUAACAGCAUUCGUCGCGCGAUCAUUCAAACAAGCAGCCGAAUAUAUUACUGUCGAAGACAGAAUUAUCAACGAAGCUCUCCUGUGGUUAUCAAACGUCCAAGCGCCUAAUGGAAGCUUCCCAGAAGUUGGUCACGUCAGUCAUCGUGACAUGCAAGGCGGCGCAUCUAAAGGUCUUGCCUUAACAGCAUUUUCUCUCAUCGCUUUCCUUGAGAACCCGGAUGCUGAAGGAAAAUACAGAAAUACGAUCAACAAAGGCGUUGAUUACAUCGUGACAAAUAUGGAAGGUCUAGAUGACACAUACGCACUGAGUUUGUGUACUUAUGUAUUAAAUUUAGCGAGACAUCCCUACGAAGAUGCUGCGUUUAAUUCAUUAGAAUCUCGAGCUACAACUAAAGAAGAUUUAAAAUGGUGGAGCAAACCCGUUCCAGUUGACGAUAAAAAUCCGUGGUUUGAUACACUGCCGCGAUCAGUGGAUGUCGAGAUGACUUCUUACACUCUCUUAACUUAUCUCCGUAAGAAUCUUAUCAGCGAUUCAAUAGCAGUUAUGAAAUGGCUCGUCAAGCAAAGAAAUCCUGAAGGAGGAUUCUCUUCUACUCAGGACACAGUGGUAGGCCUACUGGCGCUUUCGAAACUCGCUGAGAAAUUAUCAACGAGGACUAACAACAUCGCGAUAACAAUCCAGUACGAAGGAGGCGGACAGAGUCAGAUGAACAUCAACGCAGACAAUGCGAUGAUCUUGCAAAAACAUAUUUUACCUCGUAAAACUCGUGUCGUAAAUAUUACAGCAACCGGACAAGGUUUUGCUAUUAUUCAAGUCUCCACUCAUUACAACUUAAAUGUCACCGGUGCCUGGCCGCUGUUUACUCUGGAUCCCCAGGUCGACAGAAUUUCAAAUGAAAAUCAUUUACAACUUUCUAUCUGCUCUGGUUUUGUACCCACUAAAGAAUCUAAUGAGAGUAAUAUGGCUGUGAUGGAAGUGAGUCUUCCUUCCGGUUUUACUGUAGACAUGGACUCACUUCCUAGUUUACAAGUAUCGCAACAUGUCAAGCGAGUUGAAACUAAAAACGGCAAUACGAUGGUCGUAUUAUACUUCGAUAAGAUGAUUAAAAAAGAAUACUGUCCUACGAUAUCGGCAUACAGAACUCACAAGGUCGCUAAACAAAAACCAGUACCUGUAUCUAUCUACGAUUAUUAUGAUUCAUCGAGGAGAGCCAGGGUAUUUUAUGAACCUCACAUGUCGACGCUCUGUGACAUCUGCAAGGAAGAAGACUGCGAAAACUUGUGCGUCGGACAACCCGGAAAUGAAAAAUACAACACUCCAGGCUCUGCAUCGCAGUCAUAUUUCUGUAUAUACAAUUACUUUGUACUAUUAUUCGGGUUUUUGUUACUCCGAAAAUUAUAAUUUUAUUUAUAUUAUUAAUUUUUCUUAUAUAUUAGUUUAUAGAUUUUUAUAUAGAUUAUUAGGCGAACGUAAGUAAGAUAAUCAAAGUGAUAAGUAUUUACAUUUAUAUUAA